CAUGUGUAUCAGGAAUACAUUCACAGAGUGGGCCGCACUGCGCGGGCUGGCCGGACUGGUCGAUCGGUGACUUUGGUUACCCAGUACGACAUCGAACCCUUCCAGAGAAUCGAAAACAAACAAGGGAAGAAAAUGGAGGAGUUUCCUGAGGUUAAGGAGGAGAACGCCAUGUCGCUACAAGAAAAAGUAUUGGAAGCUCUUCGUAAGUUUAUCGGCAAUGAACUCGAUGAAAAUGUGAUUGCUGUAGGCUCGACACAGUUAGAGAUGCGCGAACAGGAGGAGGACAUCAAAGAGGCCUUGGCAGGAAAGAAGGGCGGACGGGGUGGCAGAAAGCGUCAACACCAAAUGAUCUUGCAAAAGCUGGCCCAAGGGAACAAGAAGAGACGAUGA